UCUUUACACUGGCAGUGCUCCCCUAUAAAAUUUCCUCUGCAUAGAUGCCUGCAUGCUUCUUAUUCUGUAACCUUUUCAGCAUCAGAUAUAAUCUUUGUAAUCUCCUGGGCUCAGUGGUGUCACUAUGGGAGUGUGGGGGGUGCGGACCACACCCGAUGACAUCCUAAGAACAUAGCCAUUGGAUGUACAUCAUCUCACUGCGCUUUCUGUUUGACUUUAGCUUAGCACCCGUCAUAUCUCUAAUGAAGUUCCUAUAAUAAAACUUUAGUUUGUUUUCCAUAGCCAUUGGUGCCAGUCUUCCUUAUUCAUACUAUGAAACUGCUGUAUGAAGGCAUUCUUAGAUCAACCCUGAAUUUCUGCUGGAGUCUGUCAAACAACAGGUCUUGUUUUGCUUUCAGAAUGAAAAUGAAAGCAUCAAUACGUUUCCUUUCCUAUAAUUCAAUCAUUUCCAAGAAAGCAGGCGAUCCUUGCCCCAAGGUCCAACCAAUGGAUACUUAACACACAACUGCACACACACAGCUGUUUUUUUUUUUACAUGCAGAUAUAAGCAAGUCUGUCCUUAUAUAAGCACCUUCAGUGCUGAGGCAAGAACAUUCAACUUACAUUAGGACUUGGGAGAAGAUGAAAGGAACAAAGCCAUACAUGGACGUACAAAAAAUGUUUGCACCUGUGGUGAACGUUAUCACUUCAAACCAAACGCCAAAUCUAGGGGACAUGAUCCAGUUCCAGAGAGUUGGAUACCAGCACUGGGGGAUCUACGUGGGAAAUGGCCGGGUGAUUCAUUUCACAUUGCCAGACUGGGGAGAAACCUGGAGGCGUGUAUUUGCUGGUGAGCCCCAGACUGCCACAGUACAAUUUGACCGUCUGGAGGAUGUAGCAGGUACCUUACCCUAUGCUGUGUGCAACCAGUUUGAUGCUGAACAGCCUCCACUAUCACCUGAUGACAUAGUAAGAAGGGCUCAAAGUCUGGUGGGGUUACAGCUGCCCUAUGAUCUUAUGAGAUCCAACUGUGAGCAUUUUGCCACAAUGAUGAGAUAUGGAACGCCUCAAGAUGGGCAGGCAGGAUGGUUUCGUUUCACUGUAAACCCGGAGUUUGCGAGGCAAAUAAGACAGAGACUAAGAGAGAGAGGCCUAUUACGGACAGUACCAAGACCCAGACUUACCGGAUGUCCACCAAGGACAGUCACCCGUUAUAACCGACAUGAUGAACUUUGAAGCAGAUCUUCAAAAAGAACAAAAAUGCCACAAAUUGGCCUGCAACAAGUUUUUGAAUGAAGCCGCAGCAUAUACUCUCUUUGCUACUGAAAAAUUACCAUACCAGCUACUGUCUCCAAAAUGUCAUAAACUACGUAAACAAGAUCUGGCCAUGCCCAAUGUCCUAUUGUUGUUGUUAUAAUUAUUGAAAACUUGUACUCUCCCCUCACCCUGAAAUUGUCAGUCUGGUCAAACCUAGUUUGAAUGGUGCAAAGGGCAACAAAAUCAUUCUUUCCUGUCUGGGGUAGAAGGCUGCUGAGUCACAAAACAAUAAUGUUUUGUGGUAGACAAUAACAACAGAAAAAAAUUAAUUAUUUUUAUUAUGCAAAUAUCAUGUAAAGUGUUAGAGAAGGGGAACUUGUGGUCUUCCGGGACUAAUCAUGGAAGUUUAAUGUCCAAAACAUUCAAAGGACAAAAGUUCAGCAUUCUGAAAGUCAUGAAUAUAACAGCUGCUUGCCCAGGAUCAUCACAAUGACUCUAAACAGUGUCCACAUAUUUUGUUAGCUAGUGACAGAGGUUGGGAAAGUUACUUUUGGACUACAGCUUCCAGAAGCCCACAGCCACAUGGCCACUUUUUGUAGCUGUAAGGCUUCCUACCCUUACUCAGGGAAGAAUGUGCCUGCUAUUGUCUGCUGGCAUAAUAGAAUCAGGCUGUUACAUGGCUGUCUUAAACCUUCUAUUGAGGUUCAGCAGUCUCAUACAAUCCAUAGAAGGGUCACAGACAGACCUUUCUAGCCUCUUUGCUUUGGGGCAUGUAGAAGAAGCCUCUCUUCAGGGAAAAGAUCCAUACUAUAAUGAACCUGGCCCUCCAAGUGAUGACACUGUCAAGGAUGGUUGGGUAUUGACACUGGGACAGAAUAAUAAUUUUCUCAGUUGGGUCCCUGGGCUUGGCAAUAUGACUCUGAAGCCUGUAGUAUCUGAUGGUAAGUCACUCCAGGAUCCAACUCUCAGACUUGUCCAGUUCCUUUUCUUCACUCUUUUGGUUCCAUAUAUUUCUGGCUGUCUCCUCUAUCUGCUACUGCUGCAAUGACUUUUAUGUCUCUGUGGCCUCUUUCCAUGAGAAACUGUACCUGAUGUGAUGUCAGGCAACUAGCCACCUGGCUGCUCCACUAUAGCCUUCUCUGAAGUUGAAAGGACUGGAGCCAUGAGAUUAUCUACAGUAACGUUUCACAGUAAUCCAAAAAUGUAACUUUUCCAAUAGGGUUACCAUAUUUUGAAAAACAAAAAACAGGAC